AUUUGUGAUAUGUGUACUGUAGUGUGAUAACGCUGUUGGCCUUACAGAGUUACAAUUCUAUGAGCGUGCGUGCGUGAUUUUCUGCAGUUUCAUUCGUUUGUCACGUAUGACAUUGCUGUGAGUCUUUUGCUGCAGCUUUUUUUCUUCCGUCUUGCGAUCCAUUUGAUCCUUAAGCGCGCCCUCACACACACAAUGGCGUUGUACAGACUUGUGGGUAUCUCGAACGAAAUGUCGCUGAUCAACGUCAAGCGAGCCCUGACAACAGGCCGGAGGUUGUUAAGUCAAGAUAUUAAACAUACUUCAUCAAAAGUUAUUGAUGAUAUUUUAGUUAUAACAUUAAACACCCCAAACUCAAAAGUAAACUCCUUGUCUCAUGAUGUAAUGGAUGAAUUACAAACUAAUUUAAACAAAGCGAGCCAAGAUCCAUCAAUUAAAGGAAGUGUUAUAAUAUCUGGUAAACCUAACUGUUUCAUUGCUGGUGCUGAUAUAUCUAUGCUACAAGCAUGUCGUACUGCUGAAGAAGUUCACAAAAUAUCCCAUGAUGGUCAAAACAUACUUAAUCAAGUUGAAAAAUCAACAAAACCAGUAGUAGCAGCUAUAAUGGGAUCGUGUUUAGGAGGAGGUCUUGAAGUUGCAAUGGCUUGUCAUUACCGAAUUGCUGUAAAAAGUAAAAACACUGCUCUUGGCCUGCCUGAAGUUAUGUUAGGAUUAUUACCCGGUGGUGGUGGUACUCAACGUUUACCAAAAUUAGUAGCUAUGCCUACUGUAUUAGAUAUGGCUCUAACUGGUAAAUCAUAUAGAGCUGAUAAAGCAUUAAAAGUUGGUUUGAUUGAUCAACUUGUAACUCCUCUUGGGCCUGGUUUAAGCACCCCAACAGAAAGAACAUUAGAGUAUUUAGAAGAAAUUGCUAUCGAUGCAGCCAAAAAAUUAGCUGCUGGUCAUAAAUUAACAAAAAGAAAUAAGAACAAGACUUUGAUAGAUAAAGUAAUUGAUUUAGCAUUACAACAAGAAUGGCUACGAGAAAAAUUUUUUGACAGUGCUAAGGGCAAGGUUUUAAAAAUGACCGGAGGUCUAUAUCCUGCUCCAUUAAAAAUAAUUGAUGUCAUCAAAACUGGAAUUGCUCAUGGCACUACAAAAGGAUAUGCUGCAGAGAGUAAUGGUUUUGCUGAAUUAGCUAUGACACCACAAAGCAAAGGUUUAAUUGGAUUAUUUCAAGGCCAAACUGAAUGCAAAAAAAACAAAUUUGGAGAGCCUAAAGUGGCUUUAAAAACUGUUGGUGUUCUUGGUGCUGGAUUAAUGGGUGCUGGAAUAGCUCAUGUGACUGUUGAUAAAGGUCUACAAGUAAUACUUAAAGACACAAACAAAGAGGGUCUUGCUAAAGGUAUUGCACAAAUUGAAAAAGGUCUUACUGGUGCAGUUAAACGCAAGAAAUUAACUGCGAUAGAAAAAGACAGAUAUGUAUCUGACUUGACAAGUACAUUAUCGUAUGAAUCUUUUUCAAAAGCUGAUAUUGUCAUCGAAGCAGUAUUUGAAAAUAUAAAAAUAAAGCAUCAAGUUAUUAAAGAGCUUGAACAAGUUGUACCAAAACACUGUAUUAUUGCAACUAACACAAGUGCCAUACCAAUUGGGAAAAUAUCAGAGGGUAGUAGCCGUCCUGAAAAUGUUAUUGGAAUGCAUUAUUUCUCUCCCGUUGAUAAAAUGCAACUUUUAGAAAUUAUAACGACUGAUAAGACUUCAAAAGAAACGGCUGCAGCUGCCGUAUCCUUAGGUUUAAAACAAGGAAAAAUUGUAAUUGUAGUAAAAGACGGCCCAGGAUUCUAUACUACACGAAUUUUGAGUACCAUGUUAUCAGAAGCCAUGCGAUUAUUGCAGGAAGGGGUAAAUCCAAAACAAUUAGAUACAAUUACUAAAAGUUUUGGAUUCCCGGUCGGUGCUGCAACAUUAUCAGAUGAAGUUGGUAUUGAUGUUGGUUAUCAUAUAGCAACUGAUUUAGCAAAGGUGUUUGGGGAACGAUUCAGUGGUGGUGAUCUUAAUGUUUUAAAAAGCAUGGUGGAUAGUGGCUUCUUAGGAAGAAAAUCUGGUAAAGGUUACUUUGUGUACAAAGCUGGUACUAAAAGUAGACCAGAAAAUACUGAAGCUAUCAGUUUGUUGGAAAAUUUCAAGCUUCAACCCAUAGGUGAACAAUCUGUUGAAAAUCAACAACUACGUAUGGUAUCCAGAUUUGUAAAUGAGGCAGUUUUAUGUUUGGAAGAAUCAAUUCUUAAUAGCCCGACUGAAGGUGAUAUUGGUGCUGUGUUUGGUCUUGGAUUUCCUCCGUUUUCUGGUGGUCCAUUCAGAUGGGUUGAUUGGUAUGGUGCUGAUAAGCUUGUGUCAAAAAUGCAAACAUUCCAAAACGAUUAUGGUCUACCAUUUAAACCUUGUCAAUUAUUGUUAGAUCACGCUAAGGAUAAAUCCAAAAAGUUUUAUCCAUCUUAAGUGAAGAUCAACUGUAUAUUAAUUCUUAAGAAUCCAAAAAUGGAUUUGAUUUUCUAAAUUUAUAUUUAAAAGCUUAAUAAUAAAUACACUAAGAGAUGGAAUACGUAUGUACUCGUAUGCUCGUUAUUUUUUUUAAAUUGUUGGUGAUUUCAAGUGUUAAAAUAUCUCAGCGAUUAUUAUAUAUUUAUUAUUUUAUUGAUUUCAAGUUUUGUUUGAAUAAUGCCUAUAUAAAAUAUAUUUUUUCAAAAAUAUGUGUACUUUAUAUUUUUAUUUUGUUAUGUUUAUUAAAAAACAGCAAUCGUAAGUACUUGCUAUCUUUAUUUUGUAUACAUAAGGAAUUUUUAGAGCAAAUUAAAUUAAAUAUUUAUAGGUUUUUAGUGUAUAACUAGUUUUUAGGAAUCAGGGUUCAAAGUCCAAACUUAUUUUUUAUGUUGAUUUUCAACAAUACAUGUUUGAAUCAACAAAACUAAUAUAUAUUUUUUUAAUAACUUGA